AUGACAACACUUCUGUAUCUCUUCUAUAUGUUCCUUCUGUCUUACCAAGUUUUUGCAGGUGCCGGACUGAGAGUCACUCAGAUUCCCGGGACUUUAUCGGUUACAGAGGGAGGGAAUGCCAACAUCACUUGCUCCUGGGAUGCUGAGUAUGAAGACGAGAGGAUCAGAGUCUGGUGGAAAAUAUAUUAUGAAUCACCGAGGGCAGCUCAUAAUGGGACAGUUUUAGCCAAUGUUAUGUGGGCAAACAAUAAAUCAGAAGUGAGAAUAACGUCACGGGAUCAGAGUGACUAUCGAUUAAUGAAGGAUAAAGCCGAGCUCUGGCUUUUCUCUGUCAAUAAGAGCGAUGCUGGAACUUACAUUUGUGAGGUCACCAUAGAUAAACCAGAACUUCGAUCUGGCAAAGGAACUGGCACAAUAUUAUAUGUAACCGACUCCUCAUCUUCUACUGUUUCAGGGAUCCGUAUCCACUGGAGCUACAUCGUGAUUUCCCUUGCUAUUCUUCUUGCAUUCAUUAUUGGCACAAUUCUCAUUGUCUGCGUUUGCAAAAGAAGAAGUGAGCCAACAGCUUUGUACAGUGAUCAUACCUAUGGCAACUACACAAAAAAUGAAAAACAUCCACGCAGAAAAAUCUCCGCACAAUCCAAGAAGCACCAUCCCAGCAAAAGUAUAAAUAUGGCCAGUGUUGAAAAGAGGACGAAGAAACAACAAGACAAAGUUUGAAUUUUCAUUAGAUUAAUAACAUGACUUUUCACUUCAAAUUUAAUCCAGUUUAACCAGAAGAUGUUCUUUCUUCUCAAGAGAAAUUAGGGCCAAAGAAGCCCAGAGCCAGUGCCGCAGUGCCCUCCAUGAGAUGGGGAAAACUUACAAUGAGCUCAGGAUAAAACUGAUAAAGGGUUUUCAGUCAAUCAGUCUGGGGUUUCCCAUCUGUCCUGGAAUGAAAAAGGUUCUCCCCGACGGCUCCUUUGGUCUGUAGGAGGCACAGGAUGCUGUGUAGCUCGGCUGGGGGCACGUGGGCCUGAUGUAAGCUUUCUGUAGGCAUCUUUGUGUGACAUCUAAUAUUUUAUUAUAUUUUGUCAUUGGGUAUCAGUGUCGGACUGAGAUGGCAGGGGC